AUGCCAGCAUACGUGCGCCCUAGAGGAAGGAAACUCGACGCGUUAAGAGACAUCUCCGUCAUAUACGAACGGCUGGACAGGGUAGACGGUUCCGCGCGAUUUGGGUUCGGUAAGUGUACCAAGUCUCUCGCGUCCAUCUCCGGUCCCAUCGAGGUGCGCCCGGCACUCGAGAACCCCUCCCUGGCGACGCUUGAUAUCCAAAUCCGCCCCUUGCCCGGCAUCCCCGGGACCGACUCGAAAGCCCUCGCGACUACCCUAAAAGCGAUCUUCACGCCCUCCCUGUUCCUCUCGCAUCACCCACGGACUCUCAUCCAGGUCGUCGGGCAGGCGUUGUGUGGCUCGGAGAGCGGGAGCGGGACUGGGAGCGCCGGGCGGGGCUGGAACGCGAGUCUGGUCGCGAGCUUGGUGAACGCGGCCGCGGCCGCGUUCGUGAAUGCCAGCUCGGUGCCGAUGCGGGGCGUCGUGUGCGCGGUCGCGGUCGGGAGGCUUGGGUCGGACGCCGGGGGCGGCCUCGUGCUGGACCCAGAGGAGGCGGAGCUGGCGAAACUGGCCGGGAGCGGGUGCUUCGCGUUCUUAUUCUCGUCUUUGCUCGCUGGCUCUGGGGCGGCCGCUUCGGAGGUUCCUUCGUGCUCGCUGCUCUGGACGAGCUACACGACUGCUGCGCCGUUUGACCUUGCGGAGCUGGGGCGCGCGCGCGAACUUGCGCAGGAGGGCGCACGGCAGGUCUGGUUGGCGUUGAGGGAGAGCGUUGGGUCGCAAACGGCCGCGACGGUAUAUAAGACGGAAUUAAAGAGCGAGCCGUCAUCCCAGCCUGUUUCGAUGGACGUAGACGACGCCAAAGUUGAGAUAUAG